CAACCCCCCUGAAUCGACUCCAAAGCCUCUGGGCUUCAUUAUCAACACUCCCUAGCUUUCAGGCCACCAGCAAGUUUAUCGCUUAAAAUUCAAGGAUAGCUGAACUCUCAUUGUUUGUUUAGAUAGCGCAUCAUACUCGAUCCGGCGAAAUGGAUGUCGACAUUUUCACCUUAUAUGGACCUGGGAUGUCCUUUUAUCGGUCGCAGAUUCAGUUGUCGUCUGCGAAAGAGAAUGGCAUAGUAGGAAAGACUAAAUUGUCCUCACUAUCGAGAUACACCUCGGCUCUUGAGUCGUUGCAGGUCAGCAAUCAGAACCUGGACCAUAAGAUGAGCACGCUACGCUCCAAUGUAUUCCGACUCAAAACCGAUUUGUCGAAGCUCCAACGCCACGUUAGGGCGUUUCAUAAUGAGCUCUUGACCACAUGGCAGGCUGACACGCUUACCCGGCUGGUUGAAGUUGUCUACGAGCGACAAAAUUGGAAGUUACCAGGAGGAGUCGCUGUCGGUGAUCACAUCCAUUUGAGCCGCGAGAGACAGUCACGCAUCUUGGCCACGGCUGCGAGGAGGAUCAGAAAGCCGAUACUGAGAAAGAAUUUUGGGCUCUCGGUGCAGUACUACUCGGCUCUACAGAGAUACGACGAGAUUGUCCACCUGCGCAGUACGAACGCUUUUCGGACGGAAUGCACAUUUGCUCGAAGACUAGUUUCAGAAAAGGAGAAUCACUGGGGCAUGUAUCGAUUUUGGGGGGCACUGUUUCCCCUCUGCUAUAGUCGGUCUGUGGAGGAGAGCGCCGAAAUAUUCUGAUAUUAUUCCCGUGGGCGAACGAAAGAGAUUUCUCAUUUCAGGGACUGUCCUGCUUUCUGGUAGUCAUCUCCGAAUAGAUAG